AUGGUGUCACUUGGACUAGUUGCAUCUCCAAGAAAGGAUGUUGAAGUUCGCCCACUGGUGGAAUUUGACUCAAAUUCUUUGGAUGGUAUCCUUCAUGAAAUUCCUUUGUGGGUCAAGAAUCCUGACUGUGAUAGAAUUGAUUGGGUGAACAGAUUUCUGGAGAUGAUGUGGCCUUACCUCAACAAGGCCAUCUGCAGAACUGCACAGGAUUUUGCAAAGCCAAUUAUUGCAGAGAAUAUAGAAAAGUACAAAAUAAAUUCUAUUGAAUUUGAAACACUUAAUUUGGGUAGUUUACCACCAACCUUUCAAGGAAUGAAAGCAUAUGUUACAGAAGAGCAGGAGUUGAUAAUGGAACCAUCUAUUAAGUGGGCAGCAAAUCCCAAUGUUACUGUUAUUGUAAAGGCUUAUGGGUUGAAAGCAACUAUACAGGUUGUCGAUCUGCAAGUCUUUGCCUCACCUCGUAUUACUCUAAAGCCUUUGGUGACUACAAUUCCUUGCUUUGCAAAAAUCCUUGUCUCUCUCAUGGAGAAGCCACAUGUUGAUUUUGGGCUAAAACUUCUUGGAGCUGAUGUAAUGGCUAUUCCUAUUCUUUACAGUUUUGUUCAGGAGACCAUCAAGAAGCAACUUGCAAGCAUGUAUUUAUGGCCAAAGACACUUGAAGUGCCUAUAAUGGAUCCCUCAAAAGCUUCUAAAAGGCCUGUUGGUAUUCUACUUGUGAAAGUUUUAAGAGCUCAAAAUCUACAAAAGAAGGAUCUGUUGGGUAAAUCAGACCCAUAUGUGAAACUUACAAUGUCAGAUGACAAGCUGCCAUCCAAGAAAACAACGGUGAAGCGCGGUAAUCUUAAUCCAGAGUGGAACGAAGAUUUCAAAUUUGUUGUGACAGAUCCUGAAACUCAGGAACUGGAAAUUAAAGUCUUCGACUGGGAACAGGUUGGAAAGCAUGACAAGAUGGGUAUGAACAAGAUUCUGUUGAAAGAACUCCCCCCAGAGGAGACUAAAGUUGCAACUUAUAACUUGCUUAAGACCAUGGAUCCAAAUGAUAUACACAAUGAGAAGUCUCGUGGUCAAAUUACUCUGGAGAUGACAUAUAAACCAUUCAAGGGAGAUGAUAUAGAGAAAGGUGUCCACGGUACUGAAGCAGUAGAGAAAGCUCCUGAUGGUACUCCAGCUGGUGGUGGGCUGCUUUAUGUUAUUGUUCAUGAAGCUCAAGAUCUUGAAGGGAAGCAUCACACCAACCCAUAUGCAAAAAUAAUUUUCAAAGGAGACGAGAAGAAAACGAAGGUGAUCAAGAAAAACAGGGAUCCACGAUGGGAGGAUGAGAUUGAGUUUGUGUGUGAGGAACCCCCUGCAAACGACAAACUACAUGUUGAAGUCCUAAGUAAACCCCCCAAAAAAGGGUUGAUACAUCGCAAGGAAACUUUAGGCUACACUGAUAUAAGCCUCGGGGACGUGAUCAGCAACAAGCGGAUUAAUGAAACAUACCAUCUUAUAGAAUCCAAAAACGGUCGGAUUCAAAUCGAAUUGCAGUGGAGAACUUCAUAGAAACUGCAAGGAAAUACCAAAAUAGGCGAACGCCUGAACAAUGAGGUACAGGAGGAUACUUCUGAAUGCUGGAUGUUGCUACAAAACAAUUUGCCAAUACCCGUGCCUAGAGUCGUUUUGAAAAACAAUAUGGUUAAGGUCCUGUAGAUACUUCAUUUGCUCUUAAACACCUUUUGUUUUGUUUAUGAGAUGUGUCCUAACCAUAUGUUUGGU